AUGCAAUACAUUUAAUAUCAUCCUCAAAUUAUAGAGGAAUUUAAAAUGAAUGAAGCUAAAAGUUUGUUUUAAUCUAUUGAUGGUUCAAUAAUAACAAAAUUUGAAGAUAAGGAAUCAUUCAAAGAAGUAAUAUUACUUUACAAUCAUAAAAAAAAAGAUUUAGUCUAAUAACAAAUUCUUUUUGGUUUAAAUUCUAUUUUAAAUGAAGAUAAAUAUAUUCUAUUGUGUAAGUGCUAUUAUGAAAUCAGAUAUACAAAAUUAAAAUAAAAUGAAGGUUUUUAUAUUGUUAUCUUAUAUAAUUCAUUAGGAAAGGAAUACUUAAUAAUCACUAAUUCUAAUUAAUUUGUCAAAAUUGAAACAAUUAUAAAAAGAUAAUGUUUGAGUUAACAUUUUCUCAAUAAAUAUCACAUAAUUGAAUAAAAAAGAUAUCUACCUUUUGUUUAAAAUUAUUAAGUAACUAUAUUGUUAUCAAAUAGAAUUAAGAAUUGUAUUGUGUUUUGUAAAUAGAUAAGAAAUAAAUUAUAACAGAAUUAGAUAAGGAAUAGUUUUAUAAUAGUAUAAUUAUAAUGAAUUAUUUCAGUGAAUAAACUAAAAUAGUUAAAAUUUAUGAAGAAAAUUCUUUGUAUUAUUUGUUUAUAAAAUGCAUGAAAUUGUAAUCAUUAGAAUCUUUGAUACUUGAUGAUUUUGAAUUUAGAGAAGCUCCAUUAGUAAGCAUAUUCUAUCUCACUCUUUAAAUAUUAUAAAAAUAUUAAAAUUUAGGAAUAUAUCAUGGUAAUAUUAAUUUAAAAUCUAUUUUCAUUAACAUGUAAGGUACCUAUUUAUAAAUACUCAUUUUAUUUCCAAAAUAUUUAUCUAAUAAUAAUAAAGGAAUCUAAAUAGAUUUGUUAAAUUUAGGUUAAUUACUUUAUUAAAUAACAUUUUAUGAAAAAAAGGAUAAAAUUAAAUAAUUUGUAGAUUAAAAACUUAUUACAUAAUAAAAAUAAUUAUAUUAAAAUAUGAAUACAGAAAAUAAGCAAUUUAAAUUUUUAUUUAGAAUAAGUUAAUUAGAUUUACUGAAUCAAUUACUGGCACAAAAUAUUACAAUUGAAAAUGCAUUAAAACAUUAAUGGUUUGUCACAGUUAAAUAAAAUCUUAAAACUGAAUUUAUGAAGGAAAAAAAAUAAUGUUUAAAUUUACGUACUAUAGUUGAAUCAAAUAAUGAAUUAAGUAUGACUAUUUCAAUGGAUAAACGAAUUUAAUCUAAAGAAUUUGCAGAAUAUGGUAUAGUAUAUUAAUUAUAAUUAAUUUAGAAAUUGAAGAUGAAUUUCCAGUUAAAUGUUCAAUUUUGAAUCCUUUUUAGAUGAAUCCUUCAAAAUAAAAACAUGAUAAUUGUGUUCCAAAAUCAAAAAGUUUUUCAAGUUUUGAUUUAACUUUUGAAAAUAAAGAAAAAUUCUUUACAAAUAAUGAAAAAAUCUUUACAAAUAAUUAAUCUUUUUUUAUUUAAUGA